AUGAAAUUCUUGACAACCUUAUUCAUCGUGCUCCUCAUCUCGGCCUACUUCUGGGAAGCUCGACCUCAAGGUGACAUGUCAGCCUCAGGCUCCAUCACUCAGCCCUGGGGCGGAAGUCUGGGCGCGGACUGGGGAAACCCGUACGGAGGAUUCUCAGUAGCCAAUAACGGAGGCUACAGAUACAGUAAUGGACUCGGAUUCUUGUAG